AUGGGUAUCAGUUCGGUACAUGUGUUUACCCCGUACCCCGCUGGGGAGAUGGAGGAGAGCUAUCCCACGGCAGGCGUAAGGAGUGCGUCUGCGGACACUAACCUGUCCAGUGCACACAUGGUGGGGGAUAGCGUCUCUACGGAUGAGUGUAGUAUGGCGAACGGAUGCACUACCACCGGAGACACGGAGAGACAGAGCGGUAGGCAUAGCGACUGUAGCAGAGUUGGGCCUAAGAACAGUGGCAAGAACAUGAACAAGAACGGCAACGGUAUACCGAAGAAAGGUGGGCGCAAGGGGGAGGUAGACAACUCAACGGAUGUCAACGAAGUCGCGAACCAGGCUGUGAGUAUUGAUGGGUCGCGUGCGGAUGGGAUCAAUUCCGCUGGAUCGGUGCAUAACAGGAGCG